AUGCUCAUUGGUAUUACUGGUAAUGGUAGUGUUUUAAUUGCAUUUACAAAAAAUCGACGACUUCGUUCAGCUCGAAAUAUUUUUUUGCUCAAUUUAAUUAUAACUGAUUUAUUACUAUGUGUUACCGCAAUACCUGUAACACCAUGGUAUGCAUUAACAAAGAAUUGGACAUUUGGUGCUUUAAUGUGUCGUUUAAUGCCACUAUCAAAUUCAUGCUCUGUUUUCGUGACCAGCUGGAGUUUAACAGCUAUAGCAAUUGAUAAAUUUGUUCAUAUUAUGGGGCCAAUUCGUGCACCUGUAUCCAUAAGCCAAGCAGGCCUAGUUACUGCUUUUAUCUGGGUGGUUAGUACGAUGAUUAAUAUACCAUAUCUAAUGAGUUAUGAACUUGUUGAUGGUGCAUACUAUGUACCAAAUAAUACUGCACCAUUCUGUGGUCUUUUUUGCGAUGAAAUUAAUUGGAAUGGUGAAAUGCCUCGACGUCUCUAUGGUUCAUCUGUUGUUCUAUUACAGUUUGUUAUUCCAUUAACAAUCAUAACAUAUUGCUAUGCUCGAAUAUUAGCAAAAGUUGCCAGUGAUAUGAUAAUUCAAAAUGUACAAUUCAGUAAAAGUUUAUCAAUUGCUCAACGUGAAGAAGCAACAAAUCGAAGGAAACGAGUUAAUUAUAUACUUAUCGGUAUGGUAAUUGCAUUUAUCGGAUGUUGGCUGCCACUUACAGUUGUUAAUAUGCUGAAAGAUUUUAAAUUAGAACCAUUGUUUCUGCUCGAACAACCAUUCUUCUGGCCAUUAUUAGCUCAUAUGAUAGCAAUGUCAACUGUCAUCUGGAAUCCACUCCUCUUUUUCUGGCUAACAAAGAGGAAAAAAGCGCACACACAAAUGCCACGUUUCAGUGUUUCAUUUAAUGCAUUUGGCACAACAAUUUCGCGCAUUAGUUCAAUGCAUCGUAAAUCAAACGCAUUUCGCUCCACUGCUUGUAUUAUUUGGCAUAGAUGUAUUCUGGAAUCGUUUGAUGGCACUUAUUGCAGCAUGUUAAAUCGAGAACCAUCAAGCAGAAAUGAUAUGCCAAAAUCACAUCUCAGGAAUGGUUUGACAAAUUCGAAGAAUUAUCUAACCAUAGAAGCGGAACGAUUGAUAUGA